AUGGCAAUCAACUCCCUCAUUAACCCAAGUGAGUGGCGUGACUGUUUUACUCUUAGAGCUUCACCUUGGUCCCUCGCGGAGCGUUGUAUGUCUGUUCAUUUUGCCACAACACCAGUGAAAGGAAACUCCACCGUAAGCAGGCUGGAAACAUUCAGAGAGGUAGUCGGACAGUUACUAGAGACAGAUACAGAUAACGUGUUAGUGUUCAAUGUACAGCCCAGCCCUGGGGACAGUAGUAGAGGCGGCAAGCUAUACACCGGAGUCCGCUUCUGUGUCAAGGAACACUCAGAAUACUUUAAGCCUGUCAGACUACUCGGGGAAAUGUUGUUGAACAGAAACACAAUAGAAAGCGCACUUUCUGCGAACAUAUUUUCUAUCGGAGAGGAGCAAUGUCAAGACGAGGAGCUGUGUGAAGGAGACAGUGGAUGUAGAACAAGGAGGAAUAUCCUGCCAGCUCUGCACAUAGUGAAUGGUAACACCACCGUCCUGGCGGGUCCAAGGGUUGAGGAGACGGCCGAGUGUGUUUGUGACGCCAGGGACUUCAGUGUCCCGGAGAGCUGCAGUUCGCACUCUUGUCUAAACGGCGGCACGUGCUACGAUACGAGGCAAGGGCCGAGGUGUUCUUGCCCCGAGUAUCACGAUGGUCCACGGUGCCAGCAGAUGACCAGAGGGUUUCAGGGUGAUGGAUGGGCUUGGUACCCUUCACUACAGGCUUGCUUGUCGUCACAUCUCAACCUAGAGAUUCUUACAACAGCAGCGCAUGGUCAGCUACUCUACAAUGGGCCUUUGGGCCCUCCAAACCCUAACAGCUUUUUCGUUACUGAUUUUAUCUCAGUGGAGCUGGUGGACGGGAUGCCACAACUUUUGCUUGAUCUCGGAUCUGGGACUGUCAAGCUAAAACUGGGAUCACGUCUGGACGAUGGCGACUGGCACCGCAUAGACGUUAUGUGGGACUCGGAGGAGGUGCGUCUGAUUGUCGACCAAUGUCGAAACCGCAACGUUACGGAUGCAAUGGACCGGGAGGUGACAGACGAUGAUCUGACGGAGUGCCAGGCUGUCACCGCCCUACCACCAUUUAGCAGUCAGCUCAACGUCCACACUCCGCUUCAGAUCGGAGGUUGGCGGAUCCAACCGUUCCUCCCCGGACAGUAUGGUUGGAGCGCGGCGCCUAAAGGGAUUGGAUUUAAUGGAUGCAUCAAGAAUAUAUUCUACAAUGGUCAAAUAGUGGACUUGGCUGCACCCGCUAUGUUCAAAGGCUCCAGCCCCGGAUGCCCUCUCACUCAAGCCGCAUGCGGGACAUGCUCACCUUGGAGCGUAUGCGAAGCUUCUCUUAUGUUUCCCGGCCAUCGGUGUAGAUGUCGCCCUGGCUAUUCGGGACCUUCAUGCUCCUCGCCUACCGUGCCUUCAACAUUUCUUCAGGACAGCUUCGUGAAGUUUGCUCUUAACUUUGAGCCCCGUCGGUUCUCAACCACCCUCCAGCUGCGGUUCCGCACGCGAGAAGAGACUGGAGAACUAUUUCGUCUGGUGGAUCAGCACCAUCGCGAGUACAUAAUUCUACAGAUAAUUGACAAAACAAUCCAGGUGAGGAUGAAUCUACACGGUUUAAGACCAAGAGAGGAAGUGAUCAGCUUGGAUCAUGUAAAUGUCAGUGAUGGAGCGUGGCAUGCAGUAAAGGUCAGUCGCCACGGAUCUACACUGAUGCUCCAGCUAGAUGGAGGGGAAGGACGGAAGUACAACGAGAGUUUCCGUUUCCGGGGACAUCAACUCUUCACAGUCGACAAACAGGAGGGGGUGUACGCUGGGGGACCCAAGGACCAGCUAGGCGCCAAGUUUAACUCUGUCCUGACUGGAUUCAACCAAGGUUGUUUAGACGAUAUCCGACUGGAUGGCCGUCUGCUCCCCCUUCCACCAGGAACCAAUGGGAGCCAGUGGGGUCAAGCCUCUGUAACUCGCGGCCUCCAGCGACACUGCCAUUCCAGAAAUGUCUGUGCCGAUGUGAAAUGUCCAGACACUUUCUUAUGUCAGGAUAUCUGGAAUGAUCACAUCUGCUCAUGUGGAGAUGGAAAAGUGUCGACAAGUAGAGGAUGUGAAGAUAGAGAUGAAUGCCUCGACAACCCUUGCUUGAACGGUGGCUUCUGUGUAAACCAAGAGAGCAGAAUACGGUAUCGUUGCGAGUGCCCCGAGGGAUUCUGGGGUCAGAAGUGCGAACUGGCCCAGGAGCGCCAGUCUAUGCGUCUGGGCUUCGGAGCACUCUUUACCAUUGUUGGCUUCAUCAUGUUUAUACUAGUGCUGGUCGCUCUGGUUGUGGCGUACAACAGACGAAGGGAAGCACCUACAAUGAAGAAGCCCGGACCGGACGAUGACGUCAGGGAGAAUAUCAUCAGUUAUAAUGACGAGGGAGGAGGAGAGGACGACUUGAACGCUUUUGAUCUUCUACCACUUAAGGUUCCUGUUAAAGGGUUGAGCUCAGAGAACAAAAAACAACAAGUCCCAGAACUCGUUGAAGGUACGGGGUUAGAGGCCAGGAUAGAAGGCCGCAGAAAAAGAGCUGAUCUCGAGCACACAGCACCGCCUUACGAUGACCUUCGUAACUACGCUUUCGAGGGAAAUUGUGAUAGCGUAGUCGGUUCACUUUCAUCUUUAGAGUCUUGUUCUGAUGCCGAUGAUGCAGUGAGAUACGUGGUGCUCGGGCCUCGGUUUGCGAGACUCGUAGAUAUCUACUCUGCUCACCUGGAAAUGUCUGAUGACUCAACGCUAGAGGCUACUGUUUAGAAGAACUUGUUUUAUAUAAUUGUUAUUUGUAACGUAGUAUAAGUGUUCUUACAAAACACUUUACAUUUGAGGUCGAAAUUUAAACUUUUAGUAUAAUAAAAAGUAUUAAUUUGGUAAGACUAUACAUCUACACUAAUGAAUAAAACUUUCUUUUUAGUUCAAUUGAAUUUGUGAUAAAAUUUUACGAUAAUGCUCUGUUUCCGUAAUAUAACAAUUUGCAGAACGUGAAGUUUUAAAUUGAAAAAUAUUUUUAAUUUGAUUAUAAAAUUUAAGUCUACAGGUAAAUAUAUAAAGGAGAUAAUUAAAUAUUAUAAAAAUAUAUUGAAUAUAAAGUUAAAACAAUAUAUAUGUAAAUUUCUUUUGGACGGAAUAAUACGAUUUGAUAUCUAAAUUUUACGCCUAUUUAUUCGUCUACAUUUGUGUUAGAAAGGCCACUAAACAUAACGUCUUGAUUUAUACUACACUGUAAUGUAAUUUUCAUUGAUUAUAA